GUGGCUCACGGCCAUCUUUUGAGAGGAGGACGGGGAAGAAGAAGACGAAGAAGAAAGUGUUUGGCGGUCCAUUCUAUCACGCGACCUACUGCAAAGAUCUCGUCGAAGAAGAAGAAGAAGAAGAAGAUCUCGUCUUUCCCGAAGGCAUUCGCUCACGUCCUAUUGGACAGCGAACAGUAAGUACCUGACGAGGAAGCAUUUUGCAUAUGUGGAUGACAGCAGUGAGGUGCCGGUACACUUGACAGCGUAGGGUACGGCGAAGUUCGAAGGCCAUCCAGUCAACGAAUAUCAUGGGGAAAUCGAAAAAGAAAUCGAAGAAGGACGCCUCCGCUACAGAAGGUCCCAAGGAACCAAAGAAAAAAGAAACGACACCUAAUGAAGCGCCCACCGGGACGAAGUUGCCGGAACAGCCGGAGAGCAAAAAAGAAAAAAAAGAAAAAAAAUCAAAACACAAGAAAAAGAAGAAACAAAAGAAAUCCGAAGUUUCGUCCCCCGCACCAUCGACACUACCAAGUAGCAACGAAGACCGUGAGAAGACACUCGAAGCUGGCAAAAACGAUACCGUAGUCGCCGGAAAAGUCGGAGAGUCGGAAAGCCCGGGAAUGACUGGGCAGGUGGCUGAUCACCACGUUGAGGACACUGCGAAUGGGGCGGACAAACCGCGAGUUAGUCCGCCUGAGGAACCACCGCCGGGAGCCACCACUACCGCCGCCGAGGGAACCACCGACUUCAUCAAGGAGGAACCUCCCAAUUCUGUGCCGCCUGAGUGUCCAGAAUCGACGAAACAAAAACCUAGCACAUCCGAGGAAAAGUCCACGGUUGAGGCCGAUGCUUCCGUCGCGGGCUGGGCAACGCUGGGCUGGGCAACCUUCCAGAAAUCUGACAGCACUUCCGGGCUCGUUGAGUCAACGAGCAAGCUUGAAGCGGCGGGCUCCAGCAAAACAGAGUCGCAACCUAACUUGAAGGAAAAAGAAGCUGACAAACAGACCCGUCCAGUUAAGGUGACUAAGCUAGAGAUAACUUCGAAGUCAGCAACGAAGAAACAAAUUGAUGCAGAUCAUACGGAACACGACGCGCUGGAAGAAAGCCAGCUCGAAGAUGAGGUCACCUCUGAACUUCAAACCCUUUCGGAGACGGAUGCAGCGAAUGACGAGAAAAAGGUGGUAUCCACGAAGAAACCAGAUAAGAGAAAUAUGCCUAGAUUAAAAAUACUUAAUAUCAAAGAUAGGACACUGCCUCCUAAAUCUCAACAAGUUCCCCCAAAAAGUGUAGCAGCAGCUCCCCCUGACAAGAAAGCAGUUGAAAUGCGUCGAAAGAAGAGAGGAGAGUCCGUAGCGUCAACAGAAUCUGUGCAGUCCGCCGAUGACCGCCCUAGCAGUCCAGACGACGAACGAGAGAUUCUUUUGGCCAUACUUGAAGUCUUACGCAGGGACCGCACACCAGAAGUGGAUGUGAAGACAGCGGUGCCAAAAAGUCCGACGAACAUACCUUCUGCUUUGCCCUCGGAGUCUCUCGAGGCAGCUCGAUUGCCUUCUUCGGUCGUACUUCAUUCUCAAGGUCCUGGAUAUGCCGAGGCGUACGCUCGUGCAUGCGCUCCAUCUCAGGGGGCAUUGAAGCAGCCAAUAUAUGCAUUACCUACUGAGGCCCCCAAUCAGUCAGGCGUUGAGAAGCCCCAGCAGCAAUUCUCUUUUCGAUCACGGCCAAUGCAAGCGUUUGUCGGAAUUCGUUCUCAGGCAGGUGUUCCAAGUACUGCCUCGCGCGCAAUCGAAACUCGGUUUACACCGGUAUUGGCUGCAAGAAUGCCUUUGGCUAGCGAACCACCGUUGGACCGCACCUUUUCAAACGUUUCUCUGGAUGACGCAUUCAUGGCACGUUCCUUUCGAGGAAUACCAGGUACUUUGAACAGGGAGGGCCAAGAUUAUAGUUACGACUCUCUGAGACCAGCAUCGUCCUACACCAGGCGGGAACCUGCCUUCAGGCCUUUUGUCGCGGACGGGAGGACCCUGCUUACAUCAGGGCAGAGGCCUUCGGUGCAGCCCCUUCGAAAAGCUACCACCGCCGAUAAUCUGCGAGGCGCGACACAAGUUCAGCAGGGCUUACAAUACGGUAUACCAGAGGAACGAAUGCGAAGAAACGGCGUAGAUACACACUUCGUACGACAAGAUGCUCAAACGAAAUGGCCUUCAGGUUAUUCGAAGCCAGCAUACCUCGGCGGAACAGGACACGGUCCCCAAGGUGUUAUCGGUGGACAAAACUCCAGAACAUUCUCAGCGGAAUACAAUGAGGGUUCCAAGACCUACUCGAGCAUACUGGGGAUGCCUAAGCAGGAGCAGAUUCAUGUCUGUAAUGUAAUCGAACCCGAUGAAACCAUAAUUGGCACUAGCCAAGCACCGCGACGGAAGAUCCAUUUCGCUUGCGGAAUUGGUGAAGGCGGUACUCAAUGGAUGAGUACGUCCACGGUGGUAGACAUAGACACGGUGGUGGAAGACAUAGUGCCGGAAGUGACCAUGCCAGAAGCGUACGAAGCCGAAAUCUGCGAAUCUCCGCGUGAGGCAAAUGAAAUCAUGAAGCGCGAAUCUGAAGUGAAGGACGAGAUACAAUGCGGAUCAUGCGGCAGACCUAGCCUGGGACGUCCAAGCUCGGAGCCACGUUCCGCAAGAUCAGUGGGAGAACUUAACAGAUGGCCAUGUAACUGCGACUGUUGUAAAGCUGGAUUCUGCGUCGCUUCUGAACAGUUGUCGAGAGGGACAUCGGCUUUUGGGUUGGGAAAGAAAACUUUGAAGAAGUGCUUGUUCAUUAUCUCGGACGCAGAAAAAGAAAUAGAAGUGCGAAUACCACAGGACGAAGAUCAUAUCUGCCACACCCUCCCACAAUUGUAUACGUUUGAUACCGGACGGGAUUCCGUGAUGAGGUCGCCUCUGCUCCGAGACCGUAGCGUUUUGACUACACCGCCGCCUCUUGCGAAACGCGUUUCUGCUGCUACGCAGGUUUAUGAAGAAUGUGGAGGCGUUGUUACACCAUCCGUGAUCAAUGCUAGCAUCCUAUCGCCCUUUAAGAGACUCGAAGAGGGUAUAGUUAGCGAUGCUGCAAUACAAGCGAGUAGGCCAUCUGAGCUGUCACUCCCUCCUGCAGUCGAAGAGUACGGUGGCAUAGCCAGAACCCCUAGUGUCGGUCAUGGAAUACUAUCACAUUUCACUAGACUACAGGAAAGUGUAGUUGGCGACGCUACGCUAAAACCAAGAAGCCCAUCCGUACGAAGUCGAAGAUUGUCGUGGGAAGAAAGCGUUCACGAUGCCCUGCAGCAAGUAGAUACGGGCGCCGAACUUCUACACCAAACGCUGGAUGAGGUGCACCCAGAUAUAAGGAAUCUGAUCCAAGUCACGCGCCGUAAAUCGGAUCAUGGCGUUGUUAGGUCGGGACAAACGAGCCCAGUGGGUUGCAAAAGCGGUACGCAGGGUGUGACUCCUGACCGGGUUGAACCAGAUAUCCCGCGUUCGCCAGGAAGCUCCGCUGCCCCACAGAGCGGUGGUAUUACACCGUCUGAAGUUGAACCUUGGAUUCUCCAAUCUGUACAACGUUCAGGCGGCGUCAGUUAUGCGACACCUCCUCACACUGGCCCCGCUAUAACACCUUGUUCUGUGCAAAGUUAUCCCCCUCAACCAUUCUUUAAUAUUACGUCGUCUCCAGCUGCGACCGGUAUUCCACGUUCGGUUCAAACCACUCCUGGUAUACAACUGAGCCAUAUGACACCAGGCCAAAUAAAUCCGCCCAUGUCAGAGCAGGCGUGGGGUCCAGAGGUUGACGUACCCAGUUCAAAGCAUCAACUUGAAGAGGACAUCUUCAUAGGCCAACCUCCACAGGGUCCUGGCAAUGGUCAACAGUAUCUCUUGGAAGCACAAUAUCUGCAAGCGUUACGCCCUGUUUAUCCUGUUUUGACUCCUGAGUAUCAUUACUUACCUUCUGCACCUGCUGUGUCACCAGCGGCAGUGCCUGUAGUAGCCGUCACAGGAACACAGGAGGCAGUAGAAACCAAGCCCAACGAGCCACGCGAACCACAACAUGAAAGGUUCAACUUGGAGCGCUCAGCUUCAUUGUUCCCUGAGACUGGACUAGUCCUAGUUAUCGUGGCAUUAUCUUUUAUUUGGAUUGUCUAUCUAUUAGUUAGCAGUUCCGUAGGUCAGUCGCGGCAGGGAGCACGGAAAAUGUUCUCGGACUGGAUCAGCUAUUUCAAAGGCGCUGUCACAGAUUCGGGCAACGCUACAACCGAACGUAAUACAUAUUUCGUGGACCAUCAGCGGACAACGGCAACUCCAGCCAAGGAAAGCGAAGAAAAGUUGACGACAGCUGUCUUGGUGGGGACUAAGGCAUCGAUGUCGUCGACAUUUUUGGCUUCAGUGGUUGCAACGCAGGCUUCUACUUCCGCGCCCCCUUCAUCGACACUGCUGGUUAGACCAUCGACUUCAUUGAUUAUGCCUUCAUCACUUUCAUCAACAACAUUGUUGACUUUGUUAACGACGACGCCGACUUCAACGGUCUCAUCGGUCGACGCGUUUGACUCGUUCUGGACUGCAUCAGUCGGCAUCUUCGAUUCAUUGUGGGCUUCAUCAUCGGCAACACGUUUCUUGCCUUCAUGGUGGUUUGCGUCAACCCCGCUUUCGACUGCGUCACCACACGUGCCACAGCCUGGGUUACUGUAUCAUCCACGUAGACCAACUUCGUCAACAACAGCGUACAUCUGUGAGACCGAAUUCUGCCUCCGAGAAGCAUUUUUUCUAAACAGAACGUUGGGAAAAGACCCGUGUGACAACUUCUACGAAUAUGCGUGUAAGAACGUCAUUGAGCGAUGGCAUCCAGGACUCGGUUCAUCCAUCUCGACCGACACGCUCCUUGUGGAAGACCUUGAGGACCGAGCUUUGAAGUUUUUGACAGACCCUACCAGACGGGAUAUGCAGCUGGUUAGAGAGAUCCUUGAGGACUGCACGACAUCGGAACCUUCUAAGAAGGACGCCGAAGUUAUGAGCAUCAUCUCAACGUACACCCCUUCUGGGACCUGGCCAAUGAGGCGUAAAAAGAUUGCCACGCAAGAUAUUUGGCUAAUGGCUGGUCGUAUCUUGAAGGAUUUUGGGAUAAAUGCUUUAGUCAAAGCCACUUUUCAUUCGAGACCGACGGGGAAAUUGUUGGUUAUUGAUUCUGCAGACGUAAUUUACGUGGAGAAGGACAACGAUCAAAUACUCCACACUGUGAAACAAGCCACCGAUGACUUUUUGACACGUGCGCACUCCAGUGCUGAUGAGGAGUCUAUCGCGCAGAACAUCGUAGACGUGGCACUUGCUCUUGGAACUGCAGGGCCUCGCAAACGAGAACCACGUCUACUAAAUGCCUCUAAGGUGCAUCACGGCGUGAUCUUGCUCUUGAAAACAGUGUUCUACAAAGUUCCUUCGAUUAUUAUGUUAGAAUCGAGAGACGUCCUUGUCUCCGUCACAAGGACGGUCGACCGUUACUCAUCCGCUGUCAUCGACUAUUUGGCAUUUCGGAUUCUCCUGUACUUCGCUCCUUUCUUGGGGAUUCCCGCGUUGAUCGAUCUCUUUCCGCUGACUCUCUCGACGACGCCGACAGAUCCUGAGCGAUUGUGCUCCAGACUCUUGGAGCACGUGUUCCUUAUAACGUACAUGCGAGCCUUGUCUCUCGCGUUAGGGCAACUGGCUCUGAUUCAUACGUGGACGUCACAAGUGGAAAGCCACUUUCUCGCGUAUCUACCAACGCUUGCCUGGUUGACGGGAGUAAGAGGAGGCAAAUGGGAAGCUCUCCUCGCUAAACAUCGUUUACAGAAAACGCUCAAGUUGGCACAUUUCUUUCCACUUCGCGCUUCAAGCGACAAGACUUGGAGAGCCCACGCGAAGCGGCUUCGUACUUCGCUGUUGAAAGUGCCUAGCACACUGGACCGUGUGAGAACUGCGGCGCGAAUCGUUGCCAAGGAAAGCUACAUAGGAUCUGCUCUUGCGGUUGAGGUCGAGUACUUCGCCAGGCGCAGGUUUAUGCACGUCCCCGUUGGAAUUUGGAACAUGAGUGUACCUCCCAACAGCACACACUCUGCCUUCCACAUGGCACGCUAUGCUGUCCGCAUCUACAGAAGCCUUCUACGAGUACUGCGACCGAACGGCAACUUCGAUGACACUCCACUCUAUAGCCAUGCUUCGAACCAAAGGCUGCGCUUUCUUUACCGAUGCCUAGAAGACGAUAUUCGAGCGACGCCGCAGCAGUUGAGAAGUGGCCUCGAUCUCCGCAUACAGGGCAACGUCCUUCUGGAACAAGCCGUCGCGGUGAUACUGGCUCACCGAGCUUUCCAGCACCUGCUCACUACGAAGAGGAUAUGGGGAAUAGACUUCCGUCUUAAGGGCCUGGAACAUCUCUCGUCCGACCAGCUCUUCUUCGUGUAUUUCGCGUUGGACAAUUGUGAGCGCACCGACGAAACAUCGUGGAGAAGAUCAGCGCUGCCUCCAGCGCAACUGCGCGUUAAUGCGGCCUUGAGGCAGAACAAGCUGUUCGCGCGUGCGUUCGGAUGUAAGUUUGGGAAAGCUAUGAAGGCCCACCGUCACUGCCCUCUCGUAUCAUAACCGGGACAUCCGCGGCGCUUUAUACCUUUUUGAUAGUACGGUUCAUACAGUAUACGAUAUAAAUUGAUGUAACGAUAUGUACUGACUUACCUGAUAGUUUUACCAUGCGGUUUUAGGGAGAAGGCUACA